AUGUUGGGGUUGUCAGGCGUGACAGGACUAUGGUUGGUACUGCUGGUGACCGAUAUACUCGUUAGCUCAGCAUCCUUCUGGAAAGAGUUAAAAUUACCGAAAGAGCAUAUCCCAUAUUACUUAUACAACAACCCACAUUUACAGACCAACUGUUCUGACGACAAGUCAUGCCCUUAUAAGAAAUUGUUGAAGGAGAAGAAAUGCUGGGGUUAUGAGAAAGAUUGUCCAGUAGAAAAUAGAAUGAAUUUUGCUGUAUGUGAUGGCGUGAAGAAUGCUUGGGCUAGCACUGAAAAAGAACAAUUUGACACAUUUUGGAAAACGGCUGAUUUUGGUUACGUAGACAAAUUUAAAAAUGAAGAAAAAGUAUAUUGUAGAUCAAAACAUAAGAAUGGUGCUUAUUUAAAAUGUUCAGAUUUUCUCCGACAUUGCAGAGCUAAAAAUAUAUUUGUUCAUCUUAAAGAUGUUGAUUUUUCAAACUCUAGAAAUAGAUAUCAAGAAGAUGUAGGAGAUGUAGGGGGAUAUUGUGAUGUUGAUAAAACAGCCAUUAGUAAACAAUCAGAACAUAAAAGUGCCUUACAAUCUUGGUUUGCUGAACUUGGAGGGUACACAUCCUUAAAAUCCGAUCCUUUUAGAAAUAAUAACUGUGAUAUUAUAAUAGACAAACCAACUUAUCUUAUUAAGUUAGAUGCAGGUAUAAAUAUGUUCCACCAUUUUUGUGAUUUUGUUAAUUUAUAUGCUACCAUGCACAUUAAUAUUAGUUUUAGUUUGGAUGUUAAUAUAGUCAUGUGGGACACUAGUAGAAUGCCUUAUGGAGAUUAUUUUAGUGAAACAUGGAAAGCUUUUAGUAAACAUCCUAUUAUAAAUCUAUCUGAAUAUGAUGGAAAAAAGAUUUGUUUUAAAGAUGCAGUAUUUUCUUUAUUACCUCGAAUGAGAUUUGGUUUAUACUACAACAUGCCUUUAAUACCUGGCUGUGCUGGAAGUAGUUUAUUAAAAGCCUUUUCUCAACAAGUUAUACAUAGACUCAAUAUUAAACAAGAUGGUCCUUUAAAAGACAAGAUUAGAAUAACAUUGUUAGAUAGAAAAAGUCGUUAUAGAAAUAUAUUGAAUCAACAAGAGUUAGUUGAUGCCAUGUCAGUAUUAGAUGGUGUAGAAGUCGAUGUUGUUAAAUACCAACACUUUUUUCUUUAUUUCAGAGAAUACCCUUUUCCUAAGCAAUUAAAGAAAUCGCAUAAUAGUGAUAUAUUCAUUGGAAUGCAUGGUGCUGGUUUAACACAUAUGUUAUUUCAACCAGAUUGGGGUGUAGGAUUUGAAUUACAUAACUGUGAUGAUCUCCAUUGUUAUAAUGAUCUAGCCAGAUUACGUGGAGUAAAAUAUAUGACGUGGCAGAAGGCAGAUAAAGUAUUUCCAGAAGACGAGGGUCAUCAUCCAACAUUAGGAGCCCAUCCUAAAUUCACUAAUUACGAAUUUGAUGUGGAAGAAUUUAUCCGAUUGGUCAAAAUAGCUAUUCAACAUGUCAAAAACCAUCCAGAAUUUAGAGCUGCUCGCAAACUGAGACAUACCUCACAACCAAAAAUAGAAUUAUAA